UGAAAUGAAUCUUUUAAGGAAGUGUUUGGGGAAACUGUUGGAGUGGAUCAGCACGUGGAUGAAAUGUGGUCUGAUGAGACUUUGCAGGGUUUUUGCAACAGCCAGUGCUUUGCCAAGGAGAGCAUCUUGCCAAUCCACACCUGAGGAGUGGACAAGCAGCAUGGCGCUUCGCACGUAUGAUGCAGGCGGUCAAAGCAUGGUCACAGUCCAGACCAGCACACACAACUUCUAUGUGGACCUCGGAGGGCUUUCUGACUGUAGCCAGUAUUUUCGAGCGCUGUCCCAGUCUGGAAUGAAGGAGACGGAGGAUGGCCUUGUCUGCUUGGACCACGUGUCUUCAUCUGCCUUUUAUGGUCUCCUGGAGUUUUACUUCCGCCACACCUUUAGGACCCCGCCGGAGGAGGAGUUAGGCCCACACAUACAGGCCAGCAGCUAUCUCCUGGCGGAGACCUUCCUCGCCAAGUGCCUGUCUGUCCUGGCGGACGUCCUCAGGCCAGAGAACUGUCUGUCCUACCUCGGUCUGGCCCAGGAGAUUUGCUGCGUGGAGCUGAGGUCCACCGUCUUGGCCUACCUGAGCAGGAACCUGCUGGAGCUGCCUCACGUGAUCAGGCGUCUGACCGACCAGGAGAGGGAGGAGCUCAUCCUGCUGAGGAUGCAAGGGAAGCCACACCUCUGCAGCCUUAGGAAGGAGAACCUGACCACUUGGAGAGACCCGGCCACAGAGCGUGCUCGCCAUGUGUUUGCCCAGCACGGUGGAGGAUGGCGUCCCAUCACGGAGUUCCCCUUCACAGCUGACAAGUGGAGCUUCAGUGCAGUGGUGAUGUACAACUACUUGUACAUCAUAGGAGGCUACAGGACCCUCGCAGGGAGGAGCUGGCACUUCAAGAUGGCCUCCUUUAGGUAUAACCCUCUGACUCAGGAAUGGGCCGCCAUUGCUCCGCUCAUCAAGCGUAGAAGGCACUUCAGUGCAGUGUGCUGCCAGGGCCGUAUCUAUGCAGUGGGCGGCUGGUACUUGGACUCCCUGCUCAGCCCAGACUCCAACACGGCCCUCCACACAGCUGUGGAAUGUUACAACCCGUGGGAGGACACCUGGAGGUUUGUGUCGUCGCUGCCGCUGACGGACUUCCAGUUCAGCGUGUCGUUGUCCCACGACGUGCCCCUGGCCACCAGCCUGGCACACUGGCUCCUAGUCCUGGGGAGCAUCCAGAGGACAGGAGAGAAGGUGCUGCUGCAGUACCACACCGAAGAAGACUCCUGGUCUGAGCUGCGUCCCCCCCUCACCAGGGCCCACGUCCACCUUCCAGUUCUUUACUUCCUGGGAGCCUCCGCUGACCGGCUGCUGGUGGUCGGCGGCGACAACUCUCAUAACGUGAUGACCUCGUUCUGCGUGCGCUCCCAGCAGUGGGGGCAGGUGCACAGGCUGCCAAAAGCGGCGUUGGUGGGCCAGGGGACGCUUGUAGGCCAGCAGGUCCUGAUGGCCAGUCUAGAACACAACACUGUGGUGGCCAUGGAUCAGCAAUCUCUCUCCUUCACUACCUUUCCUCCUCUGCCCACCUCCGUCUGCUAUGAAGCUGUCUUCUACCUGCACAUCUUUCUUUAAUGACUUAGUCUAUUGUCAGGAUCCUUGAUGUGGCACUAUUAAUAGUCAAUAUAAGGAUAAUAGAUGCAUCAAUACUUGUUUUUGUAUCCUGGCUGUACUUGAUCUAAUAUUUAGUCUGCCAUGACUGAGGGUAGGGGCGUGGUUGCACUGGGUGUGUGUGUGGUGUUAAUGAUG